UCCAUCCCUCGCACCGUCGCACGUCUCUUCUCAGUCUGCCCUUUUAAUCUCUCCUCUUUUUCUUUGUUUAAGGCAGCCAGGGUUUUUCUCUCUUUUCUGUUGACUGCUCUCUCCUCUCGCGCUGCUGUCCCAUUUCUCGACACUUUUUUUUUUUGGGUUUUCGCAAUUGUUUUUCUGAGUUUCGUUUUCACGGGGAUUGCUUAGCCAGUCCCCUCCAUAAAAACCCCAAUCGGAUCCGCAACUCUUCUCCGCAUCUCCAAAAGAUCUCCCUCCCUCCCGCCCGACCCACCCAUUUUUCUCUCUCUCGAGUCGCUGCUUCACUCUCCCUUCUGACUGCCACCAUGAUGAACGGCGGCGCGGCCGACACCCCUCGGGCCUUUGUGAAGGAAGUGAAGCGAAUCGUCAUCAAAGUUGGGACUGCUGUUGUCACCAGAGGUGAUGGGAGAUUGGCGCUUGGGAGGCUAGGAGCUCUAUGUGAGCAGAUUAAAGAGCUGAAUUACCAGCAAUAUGAAGUCAUUGUUGUCACCUCCGGUGCUGUUGGCCUUGGCCGCCAAAGGCUCAAAUACCGGAAGCUAGUCAAUAGCAGUUUUGCUGAUCUACAAAAGCCACAAGUUGAUCUCGAUGGGAAAGCUUGUGCUGCUGUCGGGCAAAAUUGUAUCAUGGCCCUUUACGACACAUUGUUUAGUCAGCUGGAUGUGACAUCUGCUCAACUUCUCGUCACUGAUUCAGACUUUAGGGAUAAAGAUUUCAGGAAGCAACUUAAGCAUACUCUAGAGUCACUGCUAUCGCUGAGGGUUGUUCCCAUAAUCAAUGAAAAUGAUGCAGUUAGUACAAGGCGAGCUCCAUAUGAGGAUUCUUCUGGUAUAUUUUGGGAUAAUGACAGCUUGGCCGCUUUGUUGGCUCUAGAGCUAAAAGCUGAUCUUCUUGUUCUGCUGAGUGAUGUGGAGGGUCUUUACAGUGGUCCACCUAGUGACCCAGAGUCAAAGUUGAUUCGCACUUACAUUGAGAGAGUUCAUCUGGGUGGAAUCACAUUUGGGGACAAAUCUAGGGUGGGCAGAGGGGGCAUGACAGCCAAAGUAAAAGCUGCUGUAAUGGCUGCCAAGGCAGGUGUCCCUGUCAUUAUAACCAGCGGAUUUGAUCCCGAGAGCAUAGUUAAAGUCCUCCAAGGAGAUGAUGUUGGCACCCUCUUUCAUCGGGAUGCUCAUUUGUGGGUCAAAACCAAAGAAGCUGGUGCACGUGACAUGGCAGUUGCAGCAAGGGAAUGUUCUAGAAGGCUGCAGGCACUAUCUUCAGAAGAUAGGAAAAAGAUUUUGCUGGACAUAGCAAAUGCCCUAGAAGCCAAUGAAAAAGUAAUCAAGGUUGAAAAUGAUGCAGAUGUUGCUGCUGCUGAGCAGGCUGGAAUGGAGAAGGCCUUGAUUGCACGUCUGGCUCUAAAGCCUGGCAAGGCAAGACAAUGCUGGAUUACAAGUCUUGCAAAAUCAAUACGUGUCCUUGCGAGCAUGGUAGAUCCAGUUGGUCACGUUUUAAAGACCACCGAGCUUGCAGAUGGUCUUGUCUUAGAGAAGACAUCAUCUCCUCUAGGGGUUCUCCUGAUUGUUUUUGAGGCUCGGCCUGAUGCACUAGUGCAGAUUGCUUCAUUGGCGAUCCGCAGUGGAAAUGGUCUCCUACUGAAAGGGGGAAAGGAGGCCAGGCGAUCAAAUGCAAUUUUGCACAAGGUAAUCACUGAUGCCAUUCCAGACAAUGUUGGGAGAAGGCUUAUUGGACUGGUGACCUCAAGAGAUGAAAUUCCUGACCUACUUAAGCUCGAUGAUGUAAUCGAUCUUGUGAUUCCUAGGGGCAGCAAUAAACUGGUUUCGAGUAUCAAAGCAUCAACCAAAAUCCCUGUUCUGGGCCAUGCAGAUGGAGUCUGUCAUGUAUAUGUUGACAAGUCUGCUAAUAUGCAAAUGGCCAAACGUGUCAUAGUGGAUGCAAAAGUGGAUUAUCCAGCAGCCUGUAAUGCAAUGGAAACACUUCUAGUGCAUAAGGAUUUAGUGUCCUCUGGUGGCCUGAAUGAGCUAGUACUUGAACUUCGGAAUGAAGGUGUGGUUCUACAUGGCGGGCCAAGGGCGAGCGAGGAGCUGAGCAUCCCUGAGCCAGCAUCGUUACAUCAUGAGUACAGUUCCCUUGCAUGCACUGUUGAGAUCGUUGAUGAUGUGCAUGCUGCCAUCGAUCACAUACAUCGACAUGGAAGUGCCCAUACUGAUUGCAUCAUAUCAGAAGACCUUGAAGUUGCAGAGACCUUUUUGCGACAAGUUGACAGUGCUGCUGUUUUCCACAAUGCCAGCACAAGGUUCUCUGAUGGAGCUCGAUUUGGACUUGGAGCAGAGGUCGGAAUCAGUACGAGUAGAAUCCAUGCUCGAGGCCCUGUUGGAGUCGAAGGAUUGUUAACAACCCGAUGGCUACUGAGAGGGAGUGGACAAAUAGUGGAUGGUGAUAAGGCAAUAACCUACACCCACAAGGAUUUAACUUCUGUAUAGAUUUCCAAGCAUCAUCACCAGAGGAAGAAGAUUAGUCACUUGCAUGCCAUCUUAGCUGCGGUUUUAAUAAAUCAAAUCAUCAUUAUUAGGGGGAGUGUUUAUUAUCAUUAUUAGGAUAUCCUGUAAUCUCUGCCAUGACCCUAUGUUACUGAAUAAGUUCUCCAUUCUCUAUUAAGCUUUAUUGUUGGAGGUGUUGGAGUUUCUUAUAAUUAUGACGAAAGAUUUAAGUUAUGUAGGGGGCCUCUUCCGAUCCAUGACCAGUAGUAGCCUGGGCAGAUUUGGGAACGUGGAGUUUGGGAUCUUAUGAGUUUCUCUUUUGGCCUUCAUGCUAGUAGUUAGGAAGGCUCAUUGUAAUGCAACUCUACAAGAGGAGUUUAUGUCCUUAAGUCUACAUUUCAUGCCGUUCACUUUUUUAAGCAAUAGGCUUCGUUUGUUAGGGGCUGAUAUCCGAAAUCCUAUGUCUAUGAUUUUGAUAACAUGGAUAAAAUCCGAACUAUUUUAAGUAGGAGAAUGAAUAUGCAAUAUUUUA